CACAGGUAGCCUUUGGAUUCAAUUGUAUUUGAAUCAAGACGUGAGGAAAUCAUCAAAAGUGUUAAUAAAAUAAAAGCAGUGACAUUGGGCAAAGUGAAAUCGAUUAAAAAAUUAUGGUUGUGAUAGUGUUAUUAAAGGUUUUAUCCUCAUUUAUCAAGAUUAGCUAGACUUCCUCCAUAGCGGACACGCACGAAAAUCCUUGGCGAUAGAUAAGCGUUAUCUACCGACUUAAGAUUUUCAAAUAUUCGCGUAAGGAAAAUUCUGGAUUAGAAAAACGUUAAAAACAAAUUUUCGAACGAAUCGAAAUACAAUUGAAAUCGAUUUAUAGCCGAAAUCGAGCUGCAACAGAAAUUAAAAGUUAGAAACGAAAAAUUCAUUGAAGAUAUAGUGAGAAAAAUGGCAAAGAACUGAAUAAUAUUAUUAUAAGCUAAACAGUAGAAACCAAAAGGGGAACCAACGACAAUUUUGAACAUCUAAGUUUGACGUUAAUGCUACUUGGUAGUUUAAAAAACCACUCGAUCAAAGAAUAUGUGUGUGAUGUAAUUUUUGAUAUGGCAUAAAAGAAAAGUCCUGUCCAAAAAUCCGAAUAAAAAAGAGUUGAAUUAAUAUAGAAAGUGCAUAAAAAUAAGGACAUAAAUAAACUAUACAAAGGACGUAUAUAAUAUAGUUCAAAAUGAGGGUAAGGAAAAAACCAGAUCUGCGUUUGAAUAUCCCGUCCUACCCUCACGACUAUGUGGAAAUGCCUCAAGAAACACGUAGACUGAUUCGCGAAGCUAACCAAACUGAUAACGACAUAAAAUUUAUAGAUGACGAUCCAUCCGAUCAACCCUCCGACGACAACAAUGGAAGCCAUCAGAUUAGUAGCCCUACUUUUGAACCUGGAAAUGGAUUUCGAUCGUCAACACCAGAAAUUAAAAUCUCCAAUUCAGAAAAAGAGCAUAUAGAAAUCAAUAAUAGUGAAGAGGUUAAAGAAAGUAAAGAUUUAGAUUCCCUUGAUUGUACUCGUAAUAUUCCGGAUAAAAGUGAAACAGAUAGUGGCGAUGAGAAGAAAGAUAGAAAAGAAGAUUUAGAUUCCGAUAGUCCCAUAAUCUUCAGAAAAUAUGUAAGGCCUGUUAUGUCAGUGCCUGAUCUUAAAAUCAGCACAACAGCUCUUGAAAUGGAUUUUAGUGAAAAUAUUCCUGAACACCACCAAAGCUCCGCGUCCGUGUUCAGUGAUGGCGACAACACGGCAGACGACGCCAACGUCCUCUCCGACGACGAACAAACCAAAGUACCUCUCAGAUCCUCUCGACGCAAGUCCACCGCCCCGCGCCGGUUCAGGUCGGAGUUCAGCAUGGACGACGACGAGUACUCGCCCAGCAACUCCGUCACCAGCGUCAACUCGCUCGCCAGCCUGCUCAAAGAGAAACUACAAAGUAUACCACAGAAGAUAAGAAAGAAGCCCACAGACUACAAGCUCCGCGCGUUUGUGGGUCUAAUGUUCCUAGCGGUCGCAUUCUUCGUGGGCUUCGCUUACGUCCUCUACCACCAGCAAGCCCUCACCAAGGCGUACUUCGAGCGAGUCCAGUUCAACGAGCCUAAGAGGCUCAUCAGGGUGUUCAACAAGGAUGACGUGGAAAUCUUGAAAGCCACUUUAGCGGUUGGUCUCCAAGGAGGUCAGAAAGCGUUUCCCUGCCUCCCUGAGCAUCGCCACACGGACGGCUCGGAGUGUAUGGAGUGGCUCCACAACCUUCGGCUCUACCUCAAAUGCCUGCCACAUGACCCUGGCGUUGACAACACCACCUGCUACUCCGUACAUUGGAAGGCUUUGCGACAUGAUGUUUCUCCUACCGACUGUUUCGACUGGAGUGACACCAAAGUUCAUUGGUUCGGUGCCGGUCAAUCCAUAAACUUAACUUGGCCGCUAGACACAGGAUCCAUAGACUUUACGCCAUUUAUCACGGGAGAAAUGCAGAAAUCUCAAUGGGGUAACGUCGUUACCCGUUACCUAAUAAAUUCUAAAGGAGCUGCGAUAAUAGUUGAUGAAGAAACCCCGCUGCAUAUAUCUGUAAAUAGAGGGAAGAAAGAAAUUUGUUUGAAAGCUCAAUUUGAUGACUUUGCGUUCGCUAACAGACUUACAGAUUUUCCUGAAUUGAAAUACAAUAUAUGUACAUCUAGAGAUAUAAGAUCACUACAUUCCUCCAUCCAUAGUCACAGAAGAGCACCGCUAUGGGAUGGGUUGAAACCAGCUGAUAUGAAAACUUUAGAAUCCCUCAUUUCUGAACCAGUAUGGCAAAUUGCUCCGCGGUUUAAACACGAAUUACAAGAUGCAACAAUAUCUAAGUAUACUGAUGAUGUUAUUAAUCUAGGCUUUCUUAAACAGGGACAUGUACUAAUCAACGAGUAUUGGCAAAAUGAAAUUGGUGAUCUGAGUGUAGAUACAGCACGAUUUGCGACGCUAAACGAAACUGUCGAUAAGCUUCACAGAAGAGGUUUCAAAGUGGCUUUUACAGUUCAGCCCUUCAUAAGUACAGAGAGUAAAAACUUUGCUGAAACUGUCCAAAAGAGACUACUAGUCAAUGAAAGAAAUAGUGAUAGACGAAUACCAGCCUUAACGAGAUUUAAAUCUCUAGCUAGUGCUGGUGUCCUAGAUAUAACGAAUAACAGAACAAUCCCUUGGAUAUUUGAUAAACUUCAAGCAGUUAUGGAUAUCUAUCAUAUUGAUUCAUUCUAUUUCGAUCUUGGUACAGCGUACGAUAUGCCUCAUUACUACAGAUGUGAGAAAAUGUUAAUUAACCCUGAUCAAUAUAAAACAGUGUUUAUAAAAACAUUUGAGAAAUCUUUGAAUAUUAUAGGAGUAUCCUCAGCUGUAACUUUGCCUCGACCUCCUAUAUUUAUUUCUCUUCCUCCUUUUGAAUCAAGUUGGGAAGCUUUACGACUAGUCAUACCUACAAUAUUGACGUAUGGUAUAAGUGGUUUUCCAUUUGCCAUGCCAGGGGCUGUGGGUGGUGAUAUAUACUGGCCUGGUAGUGAACAGUUCUUGCCUUCAUCAAAAGGUUCAAUGGACUCUAAUUCUAAUAAAACAACCCCAGAGAAUGGUAUAGAGUUGCCAGAAAGGGAGCUAUAUAUGAGAUGGCUGCAAAUGGCGACUUUCUUGCCAGUGAUGAAAUUCACACAUCUUCCGAGUAAAUACAACGAUGAGAGGGUGCUAGAGAUGGCAAAGAAUUUGACACUAUUGAGACAAAAACUGGUCACACCUCUCUUACUGAAAUACAAGAGGGAGGCGUUAGAAGCAGGUCUGCCACUCAUCCGGCCGCUGUGGCUGGUGGCAGAUGUGGACGUGGCUCUUCCUGUUCAGGAUGAGUUUGCAAUUGGUGACGAGAUUGUGGUUGCGCCUGUGUUGCACAAAGGAGAGACUACUAGAGAAGUGUACCUGCCCGCGGGUCUCUGGCAGGACGGCAUCGACGGGUCGCUGCGCAAGGGCAACCGCUGGAUGCACGAGUACAAAGUCCCUGUCGACCGCGUCGCAUACUUCCUUCGCAAACCAGACGACUUGAGAUUCAAAUAGCAUUAACCUCUCCCACCAUCAUCAUCAUUAUUAGCUUAACCCAUUGCCAGCCCACUACCGAGUACGGAUGCCCUCAAUAUAAAGGGUUUAGGCCACAGUCCACCACACAAGCCAAGAGUGGAUUGGCACACUUCACACACAUUUUGAAAAUAUUAUGGAUAACAAAUUACUGACUGCGUAAGUUCAAGCCCAAAAUUCUUCUGCCACGAUGCUAAGUAACUGUCGAUGACUGUGUGUAACACUAGCCCAGCGUGGUGGACUAUGACUUAACUCUUUUCAUUCUGAGAGGAGACCCGUGCUGGCAGUGGGCUGGUAAUGGCUUAAUCGUGAUUAUGAUGGUGAUGAGUCUAAUACAUUUACGAUCUCAUAAAAUAAAGUUAUUAAGUGGAGCGCCAUAAUCAUGGAUUUCACACGAUAAAAAAUAAGACAAAUUAGAAAGGGUAUUAGGUAGAUAUGGUGUCGAUGAAAAAUUUGAUAAUACCCAGCAAUCUUAUUUUUUUCCGUCAUUUGGAGUUCAUAAGAAAUUUGCUUUUUAGAAUACCUAUUUUUAGUAAUGUCCCUACAUUAGUAUUAAUACAAUGAUAAUAAAAUAACCAAAGUUUAAUAGUGAGAAUACAGUCUCAAAAGUAGAAUUAUAUUAAGUAAUAUAAUUAGUAAGUGAAAUGCUUGUGAAAUGGUAGAUAAAAUGUUUAAAUCCUUAGUCAAUUUAAGAAAAAUAAAAUACAAUUUUCUAAAUUAAAAUUACGCGCCGCAUUUCUAAGAGUAAAUUGUAUUUUUAAGAUUCAUGUCUUCUAUCUUCCUGAUUGUAGGUUUAUUAUUAUAAAAACCGGCCAAGUGCGAGUCAGACUCGUGCACACAGCCCGGUUCCUUACCUAAAAUCUCAUUUUUUCGAUAUUUUGCAUGGCAAAUCGAAAAACAAUUAUGCAUAAAAUAAAUAAAAAUCUGUUUUAGAAUGUAUCAAACCCUUUCGUUAUUUGGUAUAUUGAUCUUAUUUUGAAACUUAUACUAAAACCAAAAUACUAUUAUUUCAAAAACACACUUUUUUUGUGAUGUAACCACUAAUUCACGGUUUUCGGACUUUUCCCGUUAUGUGUGCUAUAACAAAAAAAGACAGACAGACAGACCGACAAUGAAGUGAUCCUAUAAGGGUUCCUUUCUUCCUUUUGAGGUACGGAACCCUAAAAGUUGAGGUAUGGCGCGCAAUUUUUAUUUAGUAUUUAAAAUAAUUUUUAUUACUCUGAUGUGCCUUUCUUCAUCGUAAGCUUUUUACUUUAAUUGUGUCUUCUUGAAUCUAGUCCUAUUAGUCUUACCAACAAACGCACUGCUUUAUAUUAUACAGGGUGUAACUAAAAUUCUAGCAAAAACAUAGCGUUAUUAAUAUUCAAUAAACAAAAUUAAUCAAUACCAAUAACCGUUUGCCUUAUACUUGUACUAUUAGUGAUAUAAUAUUUUUCAAACCUGCAUGUAUAGCGUGCAAAACUUGAGGUCAAUGCCCCCAGCUACGAAGCGAGAUUAACCCCGCGGCUUUUUUUUUUACGAUGGUACGGAACCCUCCAUGUGUGAGUCCGACUCGCACUCAACCGGGUUUUUAAGCACAACUUAUAAUCAUCGGUCUUCAUUUUUGCUAGAGUUCUAAUAACUGCCUGUAUAUAAGUAUGACAACGAGAUUAUAAUAAUAAUUGUACCUAUUCUUUUAAUUAUUAUGAAGGUAAUAUACUUAGAUAAUAUAUUUUUAAUGUGUUAAUGAUGACGAAACUUUCUUGUCUUUGAAUAGUGUCAUAAGUUAUUAUGUACUAAGUAUAAAACAUAGGUAGGUAGAUAAUUAAGUAGGUACUUAGUAUAAAUUAAAUACGUAAUUUGUACUAAAAAGUUUAUAUUGUUGUUAUAUUUAAUACACAGUAAUUUGCUUUA